UAAAGAGGAAAAAAAGAUAUACAAGUUCAAAUGAAUUACUAGAUGAUUAACACUUUAAAAAACACUAUUAAAAUAGCAAAAGUGCAGACAGGAGGUGCAAAUAUAAAAGUUUUAUGUGGCAGGUUUUAGUCAGGCUAAACUCUAUUAGCUAAAUAAACUAUGUAAUAACAGCAGUAACAUAUGUACCUGUGUGUAAGUGUGCAGUGGUUGUACUGUAACUGAACCUGGAUGUUAUCUGGAGUAGCAGCGACAGGCCCUUUUGGCUCCAGCUCCAACUCCAGUGAGCUGCCUCAGCGCUGCGCAGUCAACCGUCAGCAGCGCCACUGGGUGCAGGGAUAUCCCGAUGAAAGGGGAGACUGUUCGGGGUGAGGAAUUCAGACAGCAGGCGACUGCAGAGUCCUCUGUCAUGAGGGGAAGUGGUUAACUAACCAUCACUCAGAGACAAAAGACUCAGAUGUUGCUGCCAUGUGCCACACUCACACCCGAAGCAGACGAAAAACUCAGCUCAUUGAAGACCUCUUGUCGACUUUCUGCCCUCUGAUCGAGGAAACAUUCAGUGACUCUCCUCCAAGACUCUCAGAGCUCCACCACUAUCAUCACCACAGUGUGUCCAACCAGACCCUGCCUUCAUCCAGCAGCAUCUUCCUCAUCGUCUCACAGGACUGGCUGUACUGUCAGUAAGGUUCAUUUACAAAUGUCUACCUCACGAUUAAAAGACCCCUCUCAAACACUGCGACCCUGAACAGGAUACAAAAUGACCUCGAGCAUUGACCGGGAUGACAGCAGUAUCUUUGAUGGGUUAAUGGAAGAAGAUGAAAAGGACAAAGCAAAACGUGUGUCCCGUAACAAGUCUGAGAAGAAACGCAGAGACCAGUUCAAUGUCCUCAUCAAGGAGCUGGGCACCAUGUUGCCGGGCAACACCCGGAAGAUGGACAAGUCCACUAUUUUGCAAAAGAGCAUCGACUUUCUGCACAAACACAAAGAAAUUGCUGCUCAGUCAGAGUCAACCGAGAUCAGACAAGACUGGAAGCCUCCUUUUCUUAGUAAUGAAGAGUUCACUCAGCUGAUGUUGGAGGCGUUAGAUGGAUUUUUUCUUGCAAUUAUGACUGAUGGGAAUAUAAUCUACGCCUCUGAGAGUGUGACAUCCCUACUAGAACACUUACCUUCUGAUCUUGUGGAUCAGAACCUGUUGAACUUCCUGCCCAUGGGGGAGCAUUCAGAUGUGUACAAGGCUCUGUCCUCUCAUAUCAUGGAAGGAGAAACACUGACGCCUGAAUAUCUGAAAACAAAAAAUCAGUUAGAGUUCUGUUGCCACAUGCUCCGAGGGACGAUCGACCCCAAAGAGCCCCCUGUGUACGAAUAUGUCAAGUUCAUUGGAAACUUCAAGUCCCUGAAUAAUGUGCCUAACUGUACCCGAAACGGUUUUGAGGGAGUGAUCCAGCGGUCGCUUCACUCCGCCUUUGAAGACAGAGUGUGUCUCAUAGCAACCGUGAGGCUCGCCAAACCGCAGUUUAUCAAGGAGAUGUGCACUGUCGAGGAGCCGAAUGAGGAAUUCACCUCCAGACAUAGUUUAGAGUGGAAAUUUCUCUUCUUGGACCACAGAGCUCCACCCAUCAUAGGUUACCUCCCGUUUGAGGUCCUGGGUACAUCAGGAUAUGACUACUACCACGUCGAUGACCUGGAAACACUGGCCAAAUGCCACGAACACUUAAUGCAGUACGGCAAAGGAAAGUCCUGCUACUACAGAUUCCUCACCAAAGGGCAGCAGUGGAUUUGGCUUCAGACCCACUACUACAUCACCUACCACCAGUGGAACUCCAGACCAGAGUUUAUUGUCUGCACACACACUGUUGUAAGUUACGCUGAAGUACGAGCAGAGCAGCGCAGAGAGCUCGGAAUUGAAGAAUCACAACCUGAGAUCACAGCAGACAAGCAGUCCCAGGAUUCAGGCUCUGAGUCCCAGCUCAACACUUCCAGCCUGAAGGAGGCUCUGGAGCGCUUCAACCACAGCCGGACGCCCUCAGCCUCGUCUCGCAGCUCACGCAAAUCCUCGCACACUGCCGUGUCUGACCCGGCCUCAUCACAGAUGAAGCUUCAGGGAGACAGGAGUACACCAGGUCGCCAGUCUGUCUCUGCUGUGGAGAUGACAUCACAACGAAGAUCAUCUAUCAGCAGUCAGCAGUCGAUGAGCUCCCAAAAUACAGGACAGAACAUGGCACAAUCCAUAGUGUCACAACAACAACAGCAACAACAACAACAACAACAACCGCAGUCUCAACAGCAGCAACAAGUUCAGACCAGCAGCCAAUCAAUGGUGCAGUUCUCCAGCCAGCUAGAAGCCAUGCAGAACCUGAAAGAGCAGCUGGAGCAGAGGACCAGGAUGAUCGAGGCCAACAUUCAGCGGCAGCAGGAUGAGCUGCGGCAGAUCCAGGACGAGCUGCAGAGAGUGCAGGGACAGAGCCUGCAGAUGUUCGUGCCGAAAGGAGCUGGAGGACUAAAUCUGGGGUCUGUUCAGAUGGCUCAGGGGAACGCCGUGCAGCAGGGGGGAACACUCAGCAUGCAGGGCCAGGUGGUCUCUGCAGGGCCUCUACAGAACAGCAUACAGCAACAACAUGCUGUCCAGCCCCAGCCCCAGCAACAAACACUCCUACGGGAACAGAGCACAGCACUCUCACAGUCUCAGCGGUCGUCUCUCACUCUGCAGCCUCAACAAAAUCCACUGCCUGCAUCUCUCUACAACACAAUGAUGAUCCCUCAGCAAAGCCCUAAUGUGGUCCAGAUUGCCACCAGCCUGGCUCAGAACACUGGACCCAACACUCCUGCUGUGGCUACAUUUGCACAGGACCGUUCAGCUCAGAUUAGGUUUCCUGCCAGUCCUCAACUGCUCACCAAGCUAGUGACAGGUCAGAUGGCAUGUGGGGCAGUCAUGGUCCCCACAACCAUGUUUAUGGGCCAAGUGGUGACGGCCUUUGCUCCCCAGCAGGGCCAGACCCAGACCAUCAGCAUUUCCCAGCAGCCACCACAGCAGCAGCAGGAGCAGCAGGUACAGCAGCAGUCACAGGUCACAGCCAUGCAGCCAGGGCAGGCUCCACUGGCCCAGCAGCAAACACAGUUCCUACAGGCUCCUCGGCUUCUUCAUGGAAACCAGUCCACCCAGUUGAUUCUGCAGGCAGCAUUCCCUUUGCAGCAGCAGGGUACCUUCACUGCCACAACACAACAGCAGCAGCAACAGUUACAACAGCAACAACAGUUGCAACAACAACAGCAGCAGAAGCAACUACAACAACAAAAACAGCAACUUCAACAACAGCAGCAACAGCAGCUGGCCCCUCACAGGGCUGACAGUUUGUCUGAUCGCUCUGCUACGCAGCCACAGUAGCUGGCUACAGCCAAUCAGAGGUGGAGUGAGCCAAACCCAAGUGUGGGUGUCUUUGUGACGGGCGUCUAAAGAGGAGUUCUUCUCAAAGUACAGCGCUGAGACCAUGCCUCAGAGGCUGACGUGAUUGGAUGGGCAGGCUGUGGCUUCCCUCCCCUCACAAGGAUCUUUUGCUGUUUGCACUUAACUCCUGAGCACAGAGUGCUGCAGAGAACCAGGACUGGUCUCGCUGUUGCUCUGGCAGUGGGCUUUGGCUCUGGGACGAAGCCCUUUCUCCAAGAAAAGAGGGAGCAACAAUCCCUAUAAUGGACUCCCCCUCACACCCUCCCCUGGCCCUUUCCCUGUGUGUUCAGUGUGUGCGCGCAUGUGUGUGUGUGUGUGCUCCAGUCACCCUCACAGGAUUAUUUUAUGCAGAGCUCUCCGGUUAAUUAAGUUAACGCAGCGAAGCUUCUAUCAAGCUUCAAGGACGUCCUGCAGAACAGCCAGAGGCUUGUUUGUUUUGGAUGUUUUCUCCUAUUCUUGUUUUUCGUGUAAAAAUAAUUAUGGGUCAGAAAAUAUUUUUAAGAAUGUGGUGUAGAUUGAACUUUUACUGUACAGAACAUCAUGUGUAAUAUAUUAUGUAAAUACGAUGAAAAAGAAAGAACUAAUAUUUUAUAUGAUGAUGCAUGAAAUGAAAUGCGUAGUCUGUUAUUUGCAGCUUUGAAUAUGCUUUUUUUCUUAAGAAGAAAAGAUCUUAAAAUGCUCAGUGGCUGAUAUUUUCACAGACUUCCUUUCUCCUAGGGGAUGUGUUUGUGUGUCUGCAUAGCAGACAGUGCCGAUGCUGCUUGUUGUGUCACAGUUUGUUUAAUCCUUGACCCAUAUUUUCACAGAAUUUCAUAAAAUUGUCAAAAUGAUAGAGAAAUGUUUUAAAGUAUUUUUAAGCUUUUUAAAAUGUGCUUUACUGUAAGUCUGCACACUAAAGACUAAAUUGAACUUGAGUCAAAUAUUGUGAAUGAACUUAAGAUGACCACAAUCAAGCUAAACUUAUGCAACAAUAAGAUUUGCCAACAUAAUCCUUCAUAUUCUUCAUUUUUAGCACUUCUGCUGAGAUUCCUUCAUGUCAGAGGCAUCCAUACUGACUGUGUGGUUCCUGGAGUGGCUUCAUUCAUCCUAUAGAUAUUUAUUAUCUCUUAAAAGUCUAAAAUCAGGCAUACAAACUUGUGGCUAAUAUUCUCAGACUGAGCGUGAGUGAAAUGAUUUCUGUUAGUGUGGGGCUAAUCAAACAAUGUCCUCAUUGGCAGUCUGAUCAUUCACCCAGUCUUCAGCCACUUAUCUGGGUCAUCAGGGUACAGAGAGCAGCCCAGACGUGCUCCUCCCAGGCGGCGUCCUCCUCCUCCUCCUCCAGUUCUUUCUGGGGGACUUCCAGUCAGUCCUAUGUGAGCUGCAGGAGUCCCAAGCCAUCUUAAGUAGCUCUUGAUGAAGCAGUGGCUCGACACAGAGGUCCCCUCAUAUCUCUGAACUCUUUGCACUAUCUGGAGGAAAAAGGGCAGUCACCCCGUAGAGACCUCAUUUAGGCUCCUUAAAUCUGCAACCUUCUUCUUAAAGCUACAAACCAGUGUUCGGUGGUUUGAAGUUUGUCUUAUGAGAACUUUGCUUCUGGUUCUCCUUCAUGCUUUGAUAAAGCACAUUCAACUACAGCUGAUUAAACUUCCCACAGUUCUCUGCAUGUUCACUCACCCUCACUUAAACCUGCCAGAACUUCUUUUUGGCCACAUGGUGGCAGCAGUGGAAACCAGCUGUGAAUCCUACGUUAGUCUGACUCACAGGGUGUAAACCGUGGGUAUAAAGUCUGUCAUUGGCCUAUUUCAGAUGUUUGCUGCGUGUUACCGUUUUUUAAAUCCCCAUGGCUACAUGAAGCUAGUCUUGCAUAGCCAGACCUAUCUCCAAACUUCAUUUAAACCCUAAGCGUCAAACAACAACAACGUACAUGCUAAACAAGCUUUCUGUUGCUGGGAUUUAGCCACUUAAAUACCAGUGCUCACCCUUUUCAUCAAAACUAGUUCCCUCUCUAUAAUAUUUUGCAGUAGCAGUACUGCUGCAUCCUCAGUUUAGCGUCGCUGAAGAUGAUUGUGAUUGGUUUAAAGAAAUACAAACAACCCAGAGCGUUUUUUUCCCUUCAUACCACUUUUUCCACUGACACAGAACGGGCUCUGUUCUGGUUUGUGCACCUCAUCUUGAACUGUUUAAAGCAUUACGACCAGAUUUACCUUGACCUGAAGUGCAAACUGCGUGUCAUAUUCCACAGUUGGAUGUGCGAUUAUCUCUCUUCAAACAUAUUCUACAGAGAGGAUAGUCUGAGUGGGCGGAAAUUCGCUGCAUAGAUCAGCCUCUCAUUGGGCGGAACGAGCCACCCGCUGAAGUCCCGCCCUACCACCUCCGGUUGUGUAGCAGUUUUCAACACAUCCUUUACUAACUUUUGCUGUGUUUGAUCUUGCGGGGAUGUAGCCAUUUUUCUGCCAUGGUUCGCGUCCUGUAGGCGAUAUUUUUGUGGCCGUGUUACACCAAAACCUGUUUCCCCCCGGCAAUAUUUUUGCAAGCGCACCUUGCUGUGGCACCGCCCAGAACGAUUGUGAUUGGCUGAAAGAAAUACAAGCAGCCGGGGCGUUUUUUUCUCCAAUCUUAAAGUGUGAGUCGGCCCAGCCAGACCUUUCUUUUCUUGAGAAAGGUCUGGUGAGCGAGACUACAGAGAGGAUGGAGUCUUGCACAUAGUAAUCCUUUAAGUUUUCUUAUGAUAAAUAGUUGGUCCGUGGUUCUAUGGACAAAAACAAAUAACUAUCAAGUAACAGCUCACACUUGGUCCAUGAGAUCUGCGUUCUUGCUAGUACCAUUUACUUCUGUUGUGCAUUGUGCAGUGCCCUCCAUUGACGACGCAUUCUUGAUUACAAUGGCUCUGCUCCAAACUGGUGGCAACGUGGGCUGGUUCGCUAGAUAGCGCCAAGAUACCUAGCCUGGCGUUGCCAGACCCAAUUUGCAAAACAUGGAGCAAAAUCAAAUAUGAGCUCGCGAGAUCAGGAUGGUUUCACCAGGCUACAAGAUUCCAAGAAUCCUUAGCGAACCAGUUCAAGAACCAGAACUAAUUUGGUGGAGAGGGGUAUAGCGUGUUAUGGGUUCAACCAGACGAGACUGAUCUGGCUAUGCGAGACUAACCCAAUAUUAUCACCUUUUAAGUUCUUAUAGGGAACGUUUUUGCGAGGAGUUGCCUGUUUACAUGUCCAGCAGAUACAGAGCAGCAUUAUUAUUCACUUGGAGUCAAGUCCAAUAUUCUCUCCUUUUUAUUUUUUAAUAAGUUGCAAAAGCAAUCAGAACAGGCACUGUUGUCAAACUCAUUACAAUCCCAGACCUCCUGCACAUUCUGGGUUAGCAGGCUCGCCUGGCAGCCUCCUCGCCAUCUGAUCGAAUUCACCGUCAGAUGGUGUCGGGCUGACGGCUCAGCCCAUUGUUCAUCUGUGUGCAGUGACGGGCUGAGCUCAACACAUGGCCACUGGUCUGGUGAAAUACAUCAGUCAGUCUUUGAUUGGCCGAGUUCUGUGGUGAAGCGGCGCACACUCACAACGUGCAUCUUGUAAUGUUUGAAUAUAGUGUUGAUAACGGGGAAACCAGAAGCCCAGUAACUUGAGUUUAUCACAUGUAACAGCUGCUGUUUCUGCUGUGGCGUGCCCGGAGGCUCGGCUCAGUUUGUGUGUUUGAACAUGUGGAAAAUUGGUUCUGAUAAGAUAUUUCAACUCUCAUUACUGCCCUGACAUUAUGAUGCUUCAGUCGAACUCCAAAGUCUUCAUCUGUGUCAAAUGUUUAGUGAGCUGGACUGUCACUUUGUUAGCAGAUUGUUGCUCCCGUCGUCUGUUUAAAGUUGUAAUCAGUCAUUUCAGAGUGCGUUUGGCUUGCGUCAUAUUUAUAUAAUUGGUCUUUGUUUUUUUAAGUGGUUGUCAUGUUGCCUUUGCUGGUUGAAGUUGUGAUUUCAUAUCUGAUUAUUUUAUAAUACAGGCCCAUGUGGAGCUGUUGUCAGACACCAUAGUCGGGCACAUGCUAUAUCCAGUGUCAGUGUUGUAUUGUGUUGCAAGUAUGGCCACUGAAUUCAUCCAUUCACUCACUUAUUUAUUUCUCAAAUUGCAGUUAGGACAUCAAAGGGACUGUACAAAAAUUAUUGUGAUGGGGAGGGGGGCUGAAAAAGCAAGAUCCCCUCAAAAAGUCUUGGUUUAGACCCCCCUUGACUUCGAAUGAAACAGAAGGCCUUCUCCUGAAUGUCUCAUCUCAGUUCUAUUCAAGCUUAAAAUGAUAAUAGGAUAAUAUUUUUUUACGUAGCCCUACACACAAUAGGAGUUAAUUUAGAGUGUGGUGAUCCUAACCCAGGGGGAGGCAACCUGUGGCUUUUUAGCCCCUCUCCAAUGUCUCCCUGUGGCUUUGACAACAUUAGGCUACAUUGAAAUGAAUCACCGUUAUUUUGAACAUUUUAAUUUUCAUUUAUCAAGUUUAUCCAGUUGGAAAAAUGUGUAACCUAUAGGCCUGCAACAAAUUUAAAAAACAUUUUAACAUUUCGUCAACUAAAAUGCGAGUCAUAGCGGAGCCCACGGCCCGGCGCCUUUUCUUUAAAUUUUGCUGAACAUCAAGAGCGGUGGCUUGUCUUGAGACUCCUUAGUGAAGCUAGCUGCGGAUUCCGAAAUCCAGGAAGGAAAAGUCUUGGAGGAAAAUAUUGAAUUUAAUAGUGCAUAGACAGAUUUGUUUUCACUGCAUGGUACCAAAUAUUCAUAAAUAUUUAUGGUCAAACAUAUUAAUGAUUAGACCUAUUAGUAGUGUUGAUAAGCUAAUUUCGACUUAAUAAGGCUGUGUUAUCUUUAUUAUAAGGCUCCAAUAUAAGACAGAUUUAAUAUUUUUUUUUGUUUUUGGACCAAAAGGGCUCUUCUGGUUGUAAAGGUUACUGACCCCUGUCGUAAUCAAACAGCGCCUUGAAUUUAUGAGUGGUCCAGCUUGUGCCAGAGUGCACUCUGGUGCUCAGAGUGUCUAUUUACGAAAGCGCCCCAUGUCAGAAAUGUCUAUAUAGGCCUUAGUUGACUUGUAAAAAAUGUUCUAUUUUUAUUUAUUUAUUUUUUUAACAGUAGAAAUAUUGGUUUUUAAUCAGGCUCGGGCCUAAAGGUGCUGCUGUUGUUCAGGCUUGGACAGAAACCGUACAGGUUCAUGAAGGGUCAGGCCUGAUUAUAUCAAAAGGCGUGUUUUUGACUUUAAUAUUUUGAUGUAUUUAUUAUUUUUAUACAAAAUCCUGCAAGAAAAUUAUGAAGUAAAAAAGAAAAUCUGGGCCAGGACCCUGCAUCACCCUCCCUCCUCUCUAAUAAUUUUCAUACAGUCCCUAAUACCUGCUUUCUCCACUGUGCCAUUUCUGUGCUUCUAGAAAGACUGAAUUGAGCAUAUAGGUAGACGUCACAGUCCGGUCCCUUACACAGCACUCCUCUCCUCUUACAAAAUCAGUUGUGGUGCUGCAACACAUGAAUAUUUAAAUAAGACACACACCAGUUCUCUGUUAAACACUUAGAGCCCUGUAGAGAGGACCUGCUCCUCCUGGAGUGUGAUGUAAGUGGUGCAAUAUACAUACGACAAGAAUGUAACUAUCAUUAACACGAGUAUUUUUGCAUGAGACGUGUGGCUGUGAGAGACUUUGCACAAUGUAUGAUAAGACAUGCAGUAAAUAAGAGAACUCAAUUAUUUUUCUAUUACCGGAAUAAACCUCAUUGAGCUGGCAGAGAUACAUGACAUCACACACAGUCAACGCCGCUGCUUUUAAACAUGAAGGAUCUAAACGAACUGUGACAUACACAUAGACUGUUGAACCCCCCCCCCCGAAAGAGCUGGUUACUCAUGAUGGUUGAUGGUGAUGCAAAGGUUGUUUUGAGUUUUUACCAGCAGGUCAACUUGUUUUCCUUCAUGCUGGAUUGAAAUUGACACAAGCUUUUAAAAAAAGAGGACACUGAGUUAUUCGUGAGUCAUUGCCAAGUUUUAAAAACACGCGGGGGAAAUGUUUUGCUAUCCAAAGAGAGGGGAGCCCUAAAUGAAAGGACGCAGUGCAUUGUGUUAAAUGUUGUGUAGUUCUGAUGUACACACUAGAAACUCUGAAUGUCUAUCAGUGUUCUCUCUCCGUUUUCAGUUCAUAUUUGUGUGGCGUUAUUGUUUGGCUCAUGAAAUUUACUGCUGCAGUACACUCGACGGCAAAAACACACUGAAUCCUGUUGAUCCUGGUCACACCUGGAGCAGAGAUGUCACAGCAGGUGUUCUGCUCCUCUCAGGUUAAUGAAGCACCUGCUCUGAUGUCAUUGAUUCAGGUGUGGCCUGAGAGCAACAGCACGUCAGCCCAGACUGAAGCCUUUUAAAUGUUUAAAGCACCUUCUAUAAGUUACAACUCAGCACUCAUUUUUAAAGGCUGGAUUUAUUUGAAUGUGGCACCAAAGUUUUUUAAUAUCUUUCCCAAUAAAAUAAGUGACUUUCAGUACGAAAGUUCUGAAAUGUUAAGUUUAUAUUCUGAUGCUGAGGUGCAGGGAUUCAUAUUGUUCUCUUCACAUCCACUACUGCCACCUGCUGGUCAGUUUGAGGUCUAACGCCUUUUUUAAUCUCCAGUUUGAAGCUGUUUGACUGGAAAUAAAUUUAGAUCUGACACCACAUUCUCAGAGAUGAUGUGAAAUAGGCCCACCCUCUCAAUAAGCUAUCCCUCACUGAUUUGCACUUUAUUUCUUGAGCCAAACCAUCCAUAAAUUAAACAUUAAAUAACCUUUUAAGGCAAAUGUAUCAAUCGUUUGCCCCCCUUCAAUUUUAAAAUAAAACU